UUUCUCCCUCCCUCCCUCUCUCUCUCUCUCUCUCUCCAAGACGUCUCGGCAGCACCACCACCACAGUUCCCGUCAACUUGCUGAUGGAACCUGAUUGAACCCUCUCGACUCGCCUUGGCCCAAGCAACCGAUGCUCUUGACCCGUUCCUUCUUGCUUAUUCGCCCUUGUCUUGAUCUAGCUCUUAACUACGCUCGCUGCCACAAUAUGCAAGAUCGGGCUGCUGCAACGUCUUGAACCAGCCCUUCAUCUCAUUGAUGGAGCCUCCCCUGGCGUGUGCCCCAAGUAUAUUGCCCCGUCUUGCCAUCACCGGCCGGGGCUGUCCCAUCCAACUAGGCCAAUUUCCUCCAAUAGGGGCUUCGAGUGGAUAGUUUCCCCCAUGGCAUUUCGAGCUCCUAGAGCCUGGUAGCCUCCGUUAUGGAGCCUGACUACCGAGAGCCAAGCCAGUCCAGUUGCUGUUUGAUCUCGAGUUCUUCUGUUAUAUGAACCGUUUCUUUCCCGCAGUGGGAACAACAUCACUUCCUUUCCAGCAUCACACCGACAACUUUUCUCUCUUUCCUCCCCGUUCUUGUUCGUCGUCAUGCGUUUCGGUUCCAUCUUCUCCCUCGCAGCUGCGCUGCUGAGCGCCACCGUCGAGGCGUACGGCAACCCCGGCGCCUGCUCGGGCCAGUGCUGGAGUCACGAUCCUUCUGUUAUUCGCCGCGAUGACGGUACCUACUUCCGUUUCGAAACCGGCAGCAAGAUCGGCAUCUGGAAGGCUCCCGACUUGGUCGGUCCCUGGACCUACCAGGGCGCCGCUCUGCCCGCCGGCAGCAAGAUCAACCUUAAGGGCAACGAUGACCUCUGGGCCCCCGAUGUGAACAAGGUCGGCAACCAGUACAUCCUCUACUACACCGUUUCGUCCUUCGGUGUUCAGAACUCCGCCAUCGGCUAUGCUACCUCGCCCACCAUGGAGUUCGGCUCCUGGACCGACCAGGGCGCGACCGGUGUCGCUUCCAAGGCCGGCAGCCGAUACAACGCCAUUGACGCCCAGCUCGUCAAGUCCGGAAGCACCUACUACCUCAACUUCGGCUCCUUCUGGGAGAACAUCUUCCAGGUCCCCCUGAACGCCGCCGCCACCAAGGCCAACGGUAACCCGUACAACAUCAUCUUCAACGGCACCGCCCCGCAGCCUGUUGAGGGUCCCUUCAUCUACGAGCGAAGCGGCACCUUCUGGGCCUUCUUUAGCUCCGGCUCUUGCUGCGGCCUCGACCGCAACCGCCCUACUCCCGGAAACGAGUACAAGAUCUUUGUCUGCCGCGCGUCCUCGGUCAACGGCCCGUACACGGACAAGAGCGGCAAGAGCUGCACCAACGGCGGCGGCACUCUUCUCCUCGCCAGCCACAACAAGAUCUACGCUCCCGGCGGACAGGGUGUCUUGGCCGACCCCAAGCGUGGCGCCGUUCUCUACUACCACUACAUGAACACCGAUAUUGGAAUCGCCGACUCUCAAACCCAGUUCGGCUGGAACGUUAUCUCCUGGUCGGGUGGCUGGCCUACCGUUUGAGGUGGUGGUUGUGUCGGUGAUGACGGAGAGCCGUUGUGUUGUGGUGCCUUUUUUCUUGUCAAUAUUAGAGUCCAGUAUAUAUCACGGGACUGAUACAUUCUUAUAUACAUAGGCCUUUUUCUUGUGUUGUUUCCUUCUUUCCGAGGGGAACUGGCCUCAUUUGUCUGGCACCAAAUAACUCUACUUUGAUUCCAUUUCGUAAGACUACACAUGACAGACAAGAACGAAUGUUUCCCGUUCUGCAUUUGAUCAGGAAAGCCAUGCC